AUGCCUCGAGAUCCCCUAAUAGGAUUAGUCGGCAAGCCUUCCAGCGGUAAAAGCACAACGCUGAACAGCUUGACCGACUCUUCCGCCAAAGUCGAAUGGAAAGAGGAUUUGCGCUCACACGAGACAGGCAACUUUCCCUUUACAACAAUCGAUCCGCAGCGCGCCAUCGGGUACCUACAAAUUGAUUGCGCCUGCGCACGACACGGACUGCAAGACCGAUGUAAACCGAACUACGGCGCCUGCGUCAACGGACGGCGCUCGGUUCCCAUCGAACUUCUCGAUGUCGCGGGACUCGUACCGGGUGCCCACGAAGGGAAGGGACUAGGCAACAAGUUCCUGGAUGAUUUGCGCCACGCCGACGCCCUGGUGCAUGUCGUCGACGUAUCUGGCACCACGGACGCCGAGGGAAAAGCCACGCGCGGCUACGACCCCUCGGCCGACAUCGUCUGGCUGCGCUCCGAGAUCGUGCAAUGGAUUCUCGGGAACCUGAUGAAGAAAUGGGGAUCCCUCAAACGGCGACACAUUGCCGUGAAAGCCACGGCCGUCGAAACCCUGCAGGGUCAGUUCUCGGGAUACGGAUCUACGUCUGUGGUCGUGGCGAGGACGCUGGACAGAUUGGCGCUGAAGGAGCCGCUGGAGCAUUGGAGCGACGAGACGAUUGAGAAGGUUGUGAAUGCCUUUACGGACGAGAAGUUCCCGACGGUCAUCGCGCUGAAUAAGAUUGAUCAUGCAGAUGCGGAUAAGAAUAUCAGCAAGAUUGCCAAGAUGCAGGAUCCAGCCAGCAUAGUCCUAUGCUCUGCGAUCUCGGAAGUCUUCCUGAGGAAACUCGCUAAGCAGGGUUUUGUCAGGUACACCGAAGGAUCCGAGUUCGUCGAUACACGCGAAGACCUGAUAGCAGACGGCGAUCCGGAAGGUGGUGGCCUCAAGGAGCUGGAUGAGAAGCUCAAGAACCGUAUCGAGAACCUCAAGGAUAUGGUGCUGUACCGCUUCGGAUCGACGGGUGUGGUGCAGGUGCUUUCUCGCGCGGCAGAGUUACUAGGCCUCGUCCCGGUCUUCCCCGUCAAGAGUAUCUCGAAUUUCGGAGCCGGGGGAGGGGCAAAUGCGCCCGUCUUUCGGGACUGUGUGUUGGUGAAGAAGAACACCACGGUUGCGGAGUGCGCGAGGAAGGUUAUCGGGGAUGCUCCUCUCGCGUACGUGGAGGGUGCUGGGGGUGUGAGGGUUGCAGAGGAUGAUAUCGUCUCGGUUGGGAAGAACGAUGUUCGUCCUCUCGUUCAAGGUCGGCAGGGCAUGAGCUACGGUUACAUGGCGUUCGGCAAGACACACGGAGCAUAG